GAUGGGAGGGCAGAGUGGGGAGGCGGGGGGUGGGGGCAGACCCUGACAGAAAGGGCACCGGACACCGCUGGCCCUCCGCUGGGUGAGCCAUGUUGCCCCAGCCUCCACUCCUGCUCCUCUUACUGCUGUCUCUGAAGAGUGGGCAUGGCUGCCCCGGGCCAGAGCUGGACCGGGAACUUGUCCUGGCCAAGGUGAGGGCCCUGUUCUUGGAUGCUUUGGGGCCUCCGGCAGUGACCGAGGAAAGUGGGGAUCCUGGAGUCAGGCGUCUGCCUCGAAGACAUGCCCAGGGGGGCUUCGUGCACAGGGGCUCUCAGCCCAGGGAGGAGGAGGAUGUCUCCCAGGCCAUCCUUUUCCCAACUACAGGUGCCAGCUGUGGGGAUGAGCCGGCUGCCAGAGAGCUGACCCAGGAGGCCAAGGAGAGCCUCUUCACGUAUGUGUUCCAGCCAUCCAAGCACACACGCAGCCGCCAGGUGACAUCAGCCCACCUGUGGUUCCACACGGGACUGGACAGGCAGGACAGAGCAGCCUCCAACAGCUCUGGACCCCUGCUGAGCCUGCUGGCGCUGUCAUCAGGGGUCCCCAUGGCUGUGCCCAUGUCGUUGGGCCAGGCCCCCUCUCGCUGGGCCGUGCUGCACCUGGCCACCUCUGCCCUCCCUCUGCUGACCCACCCCGUCCUGGUGCUACAGCUGCGUUGCCCUCUCUGCUCCUGCUCAGCCCGGCCCGAGGCCACACCCUUCCUGGUGGCCCACACUCGGGCCAGGCCGCCCAGCGGAGGGGAGAGAGCCCGCCGCUCCACUCCCCCACUGCCCUGGCCUUGGUCUCCCGCCGCGCUGCGCCUGCUCCAGAGGUCUCCAGAGGAACCCGCUGCCCAUGCGGACUGUCACCGAGCGGCCCUCAAUAUCUCCUUCCAGGAGCUGGGCUGGGACCGGUGGAUCGUGCACCCUCCCAACUUCAUCUUCCACUAUUGUCACGGUGGCUGUGGGCUGACUGCCCCACCAGACCUGCCCCUGCUGGUCCCUGGGGCUCCUCCGACCCCUGCCCAGCCCCUUUCUUUAGUGCCAGGGGCCCGGCCCUGCUGUGCUGCCCUCCCUGGGACCAUGAGGCCCCUACGUGUCCGCACCACUUCAGAUGGUGGUUACUCUUUUAAGUAUGAGACCGUGCCCAACCUUCUCACGCAACACUGUGCUUGCAUCUGAGGGAGUCCCGCUGGUGGCCAAGCCCCCACCAUCAACAGCUGGAAGGAAGAGCCGAGUUCAGAAAAUAGAUGGUUCUUACUUCCGCCUCCUUCCAUCUCUCUCUGCCUGAGGGCCCCCCUCCCCCAUAUGACCCUGUCCCAUGGGCAACAUGUGACAAUAAACAACAUAGUGCAUAU